ACUUCUUCACAGAAAUAUUUUUACUGUAAUAUCAGCCUAGCAAAAGUUGUCUGCAAAUGCAGAAAUUCCCAUGUGCAUCAAAGACACUUGAUAAGUAUUUUUCUUAACAAAUGAAUCAUUUUGUGCUAUUGAAAUAAUUCGAUGAUGUGCCGCUAGCGUGGAGCUAAGCAGACUCCAUGGGCCAGCCUGGAAAUCUAACUUCUGCUACAAGCAACAGGCACGCACAGGCUUUGACUCGGGCAGAUGCUCUGAAUUUUGGCUUUGCCACUCAUGAGCUAUGGUAACUCACACAAGUCAUUUAACCUCUCUAAGCCUCAGCUUCCUCAUCUGUAAAAUAAUAUCAGUCUCAUGCCAAGGAUAAGCCCAGGGAGGAAAAUGGCCAGUGGGCUGUCAAAGGCCAGACAUAACUUUGACCCUGGGUGACCAGGAUGGUGAGCAGGGCAAGCUGGACUUUAAACACUUUCUCCCUCCACAGUCCUACGGCUCCCUGUGCUCUCCUACUAAAAGGGUUUGGCCCUUCCCCCUCAAUUGUGAGCUCUUUCCAUGAAAAGGUCUCAAGAGUAACUGGCAAGCUACUGUCAUCACCUGCCACCAUGCCUUCUCCCAUCCAUCUUUACCCUUUGCCCUCUAAAUAAGGAAGCCGGUGCUGCCAGGCCAAGAACUUCUGCCCAGUUUGGGUCCUGGUCUCCCUCUUCCCCUGGGCCCCUGGCCAGCUCCCUCCUUCCCCCAGAGAUGCUCCCUACUCACUCCGUUCCUGCCUCGUGGGUGGAAUGACAGUGCCUCCCAGAACUCCUGGGGAGCAUGGAGAGUGAUGGGGGUCUGGGGAGGCAGCCAGGCCCGGGAGCAGGUUAAAGUUACAGCCCUGGAUAAGCAAGCUGGGCCGGCUGACGUCAGGGUGAUGAUGGCUGGAGGGGAGGGCCAGGCUGCUGAACUAACUAUAAAGAUAGGUCAAAUCAAAUAUCAUCAACUCGGGACAGAGCAAGCAGGCGAGCUAGAGAGCGUCCCCGAGCCAUGGUCCCUACCGGCUGCGGCUCAGCCUGGGUCCCUGUGUUCUCAACCCGAGUGCCCGAUGCAGGCUUUGGUUUCAUGUCAGCAGCCUUCAUCUGCCUUCCAAAAAUAAGCCCCUGCCGCCAUGCCGAGGGGAGAAAAACAAGAAGGGCGGUAUUUUUAGGGCCAUUAAUUCUGACCACGUGCCUGAGAGGCAAGGUGGAUGGCCCUGGGACAGAGGCUGUUCAUCACUAUGUCCCGGGGAGCAGGACGUCUUCAGGGCACGCUGCAGGCUCUCGUCUUCCUAGCCGUCCUAGUGGGCAUGGUGGUGCCCUUGCCUACAGGCACCCGCGCCAACAACACGCUGCUGGACGCAAGGGGCUGGGGCACCCUGCUAUCCAGGUCUCGCGCUGGGCUAGCUGGAGAGAUCGCCGGAGUGAACUGGGAAAGUGGCUAUUUGGUGGGGAUCAAGCGGCAGCGGAGGCUCUACUGCAACGUGGGCAUCGGCUUUCACCUCCAGGUGCCCCCCGACGGCAGGAUCAGCGGCACCCACGACGAGAACCCCUACAGCCUGCUGGAGAUUUCCACAGUGGAGAGAGGUGUGGUGAGUCUCUUUGGGGUGCGAAGUGCCCUCUUUGUUGCCAUGAACAGUAAAGGAAGAUUGUAUACAACGCCCAGCUUCCAAGAGGAAUGCAAGUUCAGAGAAACACUCCUGCCCAACAAUUACAAUGCCUACGAGUCAGACUUGUACCCAGGGACCUACAUCGCACUGAGCAAAUAUGGACGGGUAAAGCGGGGCAGCAAAGUGUCCCCGACCAUGACUGUCACCCACUUCCUGCCCAGGAUAUAAGGACCCAUAAAAGAAGGCUCACAGAUUGAAAGCAGCAUCUUUUCUAUCAGAAUUUUGCACAGGCGAACAAUUCUCCUUGCCCUCAGGAACUUCUGAGUCAGGCUUAUCUUGUGCUUGGAGAGACUGGGACCCAUGGCGUGUAACCCACCCAAGCGAAGGCUGCAACCAGAAUCUUAGAAUGGCAGUGGAUCCCAUGCUCUGACCUCACCUGAGGAAAGAAGGUAUUGAUGACAUUUGUGGAAUGUGACCAUGUGCACAGGAAGGGGCCAGGGCAGGGCUAUGUGUAUGUCAGUGUCUAUCCAUACAUCUUCAUAUAUAUUCUCAGAGCAAAGGCAUUUCAAAGCAUCAGGUUUCUUUCUCCCAGCAUCAUGGCUGCAGGAAUCUGCCUGCAAGAAUGUCACUUGUCAAACCAACAGGAUUGAUAUGUGCUCCCAUUCUGCCUCUUUCCAAUCAUCCUUCCAUUCAGAGGCCACGGCCUGCAUGGGUCACACGGGUGGUGGGGAACAGCUGUCCUCAAAGUGCAGGGAGGGCAGACUGAAGGGGUGUAAGGUUUAAUUGCAGACCAGAAAGAGAGCAAUCAGGUGCUCCAAGCUUCCUGCCUGUGAGGGUUCUGGGGACACAGGGAUGCAUUGUCAGGGAAGCUGGGGAAGAACAUGUCCCCUUCUUGGAGGAAAUAGGUAGUAUCAACGGCAGUGGAAGAAGGUCUGUGGAGGAAGCAGAAGGGACUAAAUGUCCUGUGAGAGCCAUUCUGCCUGGAGGACCCAAUGCUAUGUGUGGCUCCGAGAACAAGCAGGGGCCAGGCUGCCUGCCCAUAACUUUUCCUCACUUUGAACCAGGGCUUAUUUUAACCUCAGAUGACAAGGAUCCUAAUAAUGGCAACCUCUUUGGCGAGGACUGGAGUGGGGGUGCAAAAUAGGGCAUGAAGGAAGUAAGUAGAGAGGCUUUGGACUACAGAUGAUAAUUCCUCUCCAAUUCUGUCCAGGAAACUCACCCAAGUUCUCAUCUGAUACCCUCACUUCCUUCUUGCUCACCCUCAUCCCCCCUGCACGCUGCAGACUGGAUGCUGUAGAAUGGGCACCAUGACCUCCAGAGUCUGCCCCCUCUCCCUCCCUACAGUAAGAGAGGAGUGAUAAUCCUGUGAAAUCACAUAGCCAAGCUGAAGCAGCUCCUUGCUGUACAAUGCCUUCUUGCCUCCUGUCCUUUGAGAGUAUUUAAAGCAGAGGUUCCCCAAGUGACUAUAAAUGUUGUCUGCAUGGAGCCUUCAGAUUCCUGAACCACUGGAAUGUUCCUAAAUCUGAAACCAGAGAGAGCCAUAUCAGAGUGCAAAUAUUUUUGGCAUAUGUGAACCAUCGAGUUACAAAAUGACCUGACACCCUCUGCUACUUUCUGGGGCCCUGGCCUGCAAGACAAUCCCUCAUCUGUUGCAAAUGCCUUCAUCUUCAACAUACCUCUCUAUUUGCAGAUGCAUCCAGCUAUAGAUAGACAGGGCUGAGGGAUUCUGAGCUGAAGAUGGAGGUUGGAAAUCCAAGGGAGAGACACUAUGCUGGCCACCUCUCUGCCCCGCAGAUAUCAGGGAGCUCAUGUGCUGGGUGAGGAGGAAAAGGCCACUCCAACAUGAGCAGAUGGGACAAAUGGAAGGAGCUCAGGAGCACAUGUGCACACGGCCGACUUCUGGAUGCAGUGGAAAAGGGAGAAAACUGGUCCAUUGUGACUGCCUGGGAUAUUGAAGUGCAAGUCUGCUGGGAGGCAGAGGCAAAGCUUGUUGUUUACAGGCAGUCUCGUCCAGUGUAAUCAGUCUCCUUAACAGGGUACACCAGAAACGGAGAUACUCAGAACCUGAGGUGUGUAUCAAUUUCUGAUGGAUCUGGGAGUGUAGGAUGGCUAGGUAGACAGUUUUUGACAGUGGUCUGGAGAAAAGUUUUAGGUCCCAUAGCACUAGUUCCUUUCUUCUUAGAUCCGAAGGCUAACUUGGCAUGAGAUGGGGCAGUCUUCUAAACAGAGUCUGCAAGGCCUUGGACUGCUAGACCUUUCCUACAUCUCUCUAGAGGCUCACAGAAUUGCUCACAUCCUGACAAGGACUUUCCCCAAGUGUGCAUUCCCAUUUUUCAACUAGGGAUGAGAAGGAGAAGCUACGGAAUGCCUCGGAUCAAGCAGGCUUGAUAUGCAGCCACUAUGUCGUGGUACCAGCAUGCUGCCUGCCUACGACUGGCAUUGGUUACGAGGGCUGCGUGCCUGUUCUAACUGGUGCCGGGGCCCAUGCUGUACUAGCUGUGAAGUGUUUUGAAUAUCAUCCCUGGAUAUAGUGAUGUGUGGCUGAUUCUUUAAAAUCUUUCCCAUGCAAAGGAACUCUCUCAAGGGCUUUCUCUUUGACUCAUAAGUCACUUGGGCUUAAGAAAAGUCAAUCCCCAUCUACAGAUUGGGUUGAAGGACAGAAACAGAGUAAGAUUGGCAGGGGCCAUUUCAGUCCCUUCUCUCCUGCUGCUAUGUCUGUGCACAGGUGUGGAGAGUUGUUUCCUACCUGGUCACAUGUCCACUGAAUCCUGAACUCGGCUGUCAGCCCCACUGGAUCCCAAGGGCUGCAGAGAUAUUGUUGUAGGCUGGGGAAGCAGAGUCCCCCACCUUCCAAUGAGAUUAUACUGUGAAUGACUUGGGUCCUCGCUCCCCCAGAUCCUAAGCAAUGAUCCUGGUUUAUAGAGUUUUGUAGCUAAUUGGCCUGUCUUCUACCCUGAACCUUCUCUGGCAGCUCCAUGCAAACUUGAAGUUCCAAGAGCCCAGAGGCUGUUUUAUUCCCUCUUUAAGAGCAAAUGGUAAAGAAGAGAGCAGCAUGUCUGUAACACCCUUGAAGAUGGACUUCUCAGUAGGAAAGAGGUUAGCCCAGAGGCAAUGGGGGAGCCCCAGGCCCCUUGUAAAACCUCUGCUGUCUUUGGGGCAAUGGAUGGACCUCAUAGGAAACCAGAAAACUCCAAAGGCCUUGUCUAAGCUGUUGAUUAUGUUUGCUUCAUCAUUUGCUGCCUUCUAACACCCCUUCUCUUCCCACUUCCCAUGCAUUUUUGAACCUCUCUGGAAAGUAGCAUAUAAUUUUGUAAUUAACACCCUAUCAUUAUCCUCCACAGCCUUCCCCUCUGCCACCACAUCCCACAAUACCUCUAACACACAUGCCAAGCCCUUGGUCAGGGCUAUUCUAUGUCUUGAGAAAGAGAACAUUUUCCCUUCCCAUCCGAUUCAGGGUACAAAUCUCUCUCCUCUUUAGACACAUAGGUGUCUCCCCAGGCCAGUAACCCAGGUCUGAAAUUCUCUCCUGACCCCACUCCUACCCCGGGCAGUUUAGAAUUCUUCCUACACUGGCUCUGGGCCCCUUUCUUGUCCUAGAUCUCAGACACUUCAAGUCCUCUCUCUGUGGGAGUCCCAAGGGAAGAACGCAAUAGGAGAGAGGCGCACGAGCUGUAGCCCUCCUUCCUCACAGUGCUGGAUGUGGCACGGCUGCAGUCACUGAGCAAACUGACACCAAAUGCGGUCACUGGCCCCCAAGACACCAGGAUGUUCUCUCUGCGCUCUCUCUUCUUCUGCCCCUUUGCAUGUGGACACAAGCUAGAAAACUCCCACAUCUUCCUAUCCCCAUGUUUCCCCCAAAGACUCUGGGUUGUUUGUCAUGGAGGAGGAAUUCUCCUUCACUUGCUACGCCUGUGUCUGCCAAGUAUGUCUAAUAUUUACUCCUCCCUGCAAGGAACCAGCCAUUCAUCCUCUACCUCCCAGAAAAACCCCAGGUAGGAAUGUUUGGGACCCCAGGCUGGAAGAAGUUCUCCAGUACAUGCUUACAUCGGAGCUGAUGCUGCCUCUUCCCGGGCCAGGGGCAGGAUGUGACUGCGGCACACACAGACCCUGAGUCUAGUGCCCCAUGCAGAUGGCCCACAGCCAUGUCUGUUUACCUCACUGAACCACUGAAAUGCCAGUUCAGACCGCUGUGUCCUCAAGUGGUUUUCUCUUUCUGUAAAUCGACGUACCUCGGGCUGGGUCCCAGUGCACAGCUGUCCUCAAGCUCAGGUACAGCGGGUAGGAGAGCCCAGAAGCUGUGCAGUCUUGUGCUUGUGAAAUGCGAUGCUUCUAUUUUUAAUAUGUAUGUGCUAUGCACAAACCAUACCAUGUUCCGGCAAAAAGUAAAAGGUCUUUUUAUACGUUUCUCUCAACUUUUUGACUCUGCCCCUCCUAUUAAAACUGACAACAAAUCUUUGGGUUGUGGUUGAUUUUCUUUCUUAGUCUUUUUCCCCUCACAGGGCUGCAUGGUGCUAUCAGUGAUCAAGGCAGGAGGAAGCCCUGUGGCUCACUUAGUCCACUGCCCUGCCUUCCAAAUGGGGAAUGUGGCCCAGGAGGGUGAGGAAGCCACCACACUGAGGCAGCAGCCCUCUUCCUCUUCUGCCUCAGUUCGAUUUCUGUGAUUGUAGAGUUCAUUCAUUUAUUCACCCAUCAAGAAGUACUUCUGAGCUCCUCAUCCAUGCUCUCCAUUGGGCUAGGUUUUUGGGAUACACAAAUGAAUAAGGUAGACACAGUUCCCCUCCUCUCACAAGCUUUAAAAAAACAAAAUCACCCAAGAGCAUGUCAACAUGUAGAUUUCCAAGCCCUACUCCCAGAGAUUCUGAUCCAGGGACCUGGAGGGACCCAGGGUCUCCGUG